AUGUCUACACUUCAAAUUUCUGAAUCAAUCACUACAAUAACUUUUGCGAAACCAUUAAAAAUUACCGAAAUAUGCAUUUUAAAUCCAACAAUAUUUAAAAACGAAUACAAUCGUAUCUUGGAUUCAAACUAUGAAAAUAUUCAAUCACUAAAAGUAAAAUCCAUUUCCGGAACGAAAACUUUAUACAUAUUGUAUGUUACAAUGAGCAGAACCAAUGGAGUUUCCUUCGUUGUUCUUGAUGAGCCAAAUAAAAGAUACAUGAUUGAUCACUCAAAAAUGACCCGGGGUGUAGUUGGUUAUGAUUUAAUUGCCGUGUCAUAUGCAAAUUGUAAUUUUGAAUUUUUUGGAUCUAAUAUUAAAGAUUAUAAUGGAGCAAUAGAAGCAGCUGCUAUUUUCUAUGAAGCUGACCAAACUUUUAAACAAGCAAAUCAGGCUAAGGAUGAAUAUUCUAGAUCCAUAUAUAACUCUAGAUAUCUUUGGGUGAGUUCUGGAACUACUUAUGGUGAUACUGAGCAUAGAUCUCAUUUUGGGUUAUAUUUUGAAAGAUUUUCAAAUAAUGGAAUGACAAUUCCCGAAGGAUAUAAGCCUGGUGUUUUUAACUCAAAUGAAUAUGGAAGAGCAAUUUUUGGAGAAUAUACAGGCUUUAAAUACAAUCAAAUUUCAGUCAAUUCUAUUGGAGAAAGGAAACAAGUAACAUUGAAAUCACCAGGAGUAUAUUUCAACAACCAACGUGAACAUAGGAUAUAUGUUGUAUAUAUUUCAAAUCCACAAGGACUUAAAUAUGAGGAUAAAGAUGUUACGAAUUUUGUAUAUAUCAAAUUUGGAAAAGAAUUUUCAUAUGACAGUCCAACACGAACAGUUACAAUUUUAUCCUUUAGAGCGGACCAAUGCUAUUACCUUUCCAUUCUAUAUAAUGCUGGUGGCUAUAGUUACUGGUCUAAAACUGACAAUGCAGCUCGAACAUCAUGUUUGAUAUCAUACAACGACGAUCCACAUACAGUUACAGUUGAAACAGAUAAUGGUAAUGUAUAUACAACUCAACGUUGGAACUCAGUAAUUAAUACUGAAAAUAAGUACUAUCCAAAGCAGCCAUAUACAACGCAAUCUGCAAUUGAUGUAAAUAUUCUAUGGGACCAAGUGGAUCCAAAAAGACGCAAAGUUGGAUUUGUUUCUGUAAAUUCGCCAAAAAUUACCAGAGAAACUCCAAAGUUGUUUAGUGUAAAAGAAAUCUUACCAAUGGUUGAAACCGGAUCAUGCAUUGGCUGUACAAUGUCACAAUUGCAAGUUGAUGGUACCUACACACAAAAUACAGAUAAAGUGUAUUUAGAUAUUAAAGACAGUUCAAGUGUAUUUAUUAGCAACACUAAGAGUUUUGUUCAUUUCAAUUGGUCUCAUCCACAAAAAGUUAUUAGAGAGUUAG